AUGGCAAGUAUAUCCAUAUCACAAAGUGCCUCCGCCAGACUCGACACAAGGUUAAGGUAUAGACGACAAGACGCUGAACCUGAUCAAGGUACAAAUGAUAAUGAAGCCACAAGUACAGGUACCACUGAAGAAUCAACUACCGGUGCAGUAGCAGCAGCAACAGUUAUACUUAAUGAUGGUACAACAAUUGUCUUACCACCUGGAACUACAGCUACAAUUGUUGCUGAUGAUCUAACAACGACUGCUGCUAGUACCACCGAAAAAGAUGAAACAACUACAGCUGGAACCAGUCCAGAAGAUACCACUAUCGAUGGUACUACAACAGAAGCAGCAACAUCUACUGAUGUCACCCUUGAAGCAUCAACUACUGCUGAAAGUACUACUGAUGCACUUACGACAGGAACUGAUGAUCAAACAACAGAAGAAGAAACAACAAUUGAUAUAACUACUAAUACGCAGGAAACAACAACUGGUGAUGAUGCUACAACCGAGAGUGUUACAACUCAGACUGGUACUACUGAUGAUGCUUCGACCGUUAGUGAUACUACUGGGACUGGUAGUACCGAUGGUACUACGACCGAUGGUGCUUCGACUGAUGGUUCUUCGACUGAUAUUUCUUCGACUGAUGUUUCUUCGACCGAUGGUACUAG